GCGGCGGGCGGUGUUAAAGCGCGGAGGCGGCGGGCGGCGGCGGCAGUUGGAGGCGGCGGGGAGCGGAGCGGGCCCGGGGUGGAGCGGGGCGGAACGGAACGGAACGGAACGGAACGGAACGGAACGGGUUUUCCCGGCGAGCGCAGCGCGGCCCGGCCCUGUCGGAUGAAGAGCGGCCUAGGCCAUGGCGCGACAUGCGGCCCCCGGUCCCUGCCCUCGGCGGGCCUUUAGGACGGCACAGCUCCCCCGUGCCCUAUAGCGACACCCCCCCGUCCCUUAUUUAAUUAACUUCAUCCCUAAUUUAUUGACGCCCCGCCCCACCAACCCCAACAUCAUGGACCCGACCCCCGCGGUGCCCCCCGUCGCCAUGGCGGGCUUCCUCUGGAUGCUCAUCCUGGGCUUCAUCAUCGCCUUCGUCCUGGCCUUCUCCGUGGGCGCCAACGACGUGGCCAACUCCUUCGGCACGGCCGUGGGCUCGGGGGUGGUGACCCUGCGCCAGGCCUGCGUGCUGGCCAGCAUCUUCGAGACCAUGGGCUCCGUCCUCCUGGGCGCCAAAGUCAGCGAGACCAUCCGCAAGGGGCUGAUCGACGUGGAGAUGUACAACUCCACACAGGAGCUGCUGAUGGCCGGUUCGAUCAGCGCCAUGUUUGGCUCUGCUGUGUGGCAGCUGGUGGCUUCGUUCUUGAAGCUCCCUAUUUCUGGUACCCACUGCAUCGUCGGGGCGACCAUCGGCUUUUCGCUGGUGGCCCAAGGGCAAGAAGGCGUCAAGUGGUCUGAGCUGCUGAAGAUCGUGUUGUCCUGGUUCAUCUCGCCCCUCCUUUCGGGCAUCAUGUCUGCGAUCCUGUUCUUCCUCGUCCGGAGGUUCAUCCUCUCUAAGGCGGAUCCCGUUCCCAACGGCCUGCGAGCUCUGCCCGUCUUCUACGCCUGCACCGUGGGCAUCAACCUCUUCUCCAUCAUGUACACCGGAGCGCCCCUGCUGGGCUUUGACAAACUUCCUCUGUGGGGUAUCCUCCUCAUUUCGGCGGGGAGUGCUGUUGUCUGUGCUCUUGUCGUCUGGUUCUUUGUGUGUCCGCGGAUGAAGAAGAAGAUCGAACGAGAAAUCAAAUCCAGUCCUUCGGAAAGCCCCUUGAUGGAGAAGAACGUCAGCCCCAAGGAGGAGCACGAGGAGCCCAAGGUGGCCCUGGGUGAUGCCAAGAGCCCUGUUGGGGACGUGGGGCCGGUUGCGCCCCAGCACCGGGCGGCGGUGGAGGAGAGGACAGUGUCCUUCAACCUGGGGGAUCUGGAGGAGACCCCGGAGCAGGAGACGGUCCCCAGCCUUGACCUGAAGGAAACCAGCAUUGACAGCGGAGCUGUGCGGUUGCCCAACGGCAACCUGGUCCAGUUCAACCAGUCCCUGGGCCACCAGCUGAGCUCCAGCGGGCAGUACCAGUACCACACAGUGCACAAGGACUCCGGUCUCUACAAGGAGCUGCUGCACAAGCUGCACUUGGCCAAGAUGGGGGACUGCAUGGGGGACUCUGGGGACAAACCCCUGCGGCGGAACAACAGCUACACCUCCUACACCAUGGCCAUCUGCGGCAUGCCCCUGGACUCCCUGCGCCCCCGGGACGCCGAGGAGGCGGAGAAGCUGAGCUGGCCCGUGGCGGACACCAAGAAGAGGGUCCGCAUGGACAGUUACACCAGCUACUGCAACGCGGUGGCAGACGCCCACCCGGCCGCUGACGUGGAUCUGAACACGGCGCAGGUGGAGAUGGGCGUCAGCGACCGCAAGGGCAGCAGCGGCUCCCUGGAAGAGUGGCAGGACCAGGACAAAGCCGAGGUGUCCCUGCUCUUCCAGUUCCUGCAGAUCCUCACCGCCUGCUUCGGCUCCUUCGCUCACGGCGGCAACGAUGUCAGCAACGCCAUCGGGCCCCUGGUCGCCCUCUACCUCGUCUACCAGACGGGUGAUGUGGCCACCAAGGUGGCAACUCCCAUCUGGCUGUUGCUCUACGGAGGUGUGGGGAUUUGCACCGGCUUGUGGGUCUGGGGACGGAGAGUCAUCCAGACCAUGGGGAAGGACCUGACUCCCAUCACACCGUCCAGCGGCUUCAGCAUCGAGCUGUCGUCUGCGCUGACGGUGGUGAUCGCCUCCAACGUCGGGCUCCCCAUCAGCACCACCCACUGCAAGGUGGGCUCGGUGGUCUCGGUGGGCUGGCUGCGCUCCAGGAAGGCCGUGGACUGGCGCCUCUUCCGCAACAUCUUCAUGGCCUGGUUCGUCACCGUGCCCAUCUCGGGGCUCAUCAGCGCCGCCAUCAUGGCCGUCUUCAAGUUCGCCGUGCCGAGGGUGUGAGGACACCGGGCUCCCGCUUCCCACUGCCCCCGCCCAGCCGGGGGCUCGUCCCACAGCGGGAUGGGGCUGCCGUCAUCUCUGGGGCUUCCUCAGUUCUGCAUAGUGUUGUCACUGAAGUAUCUUUUUAUUUUAAUAUAAAUGUCUUGGCGCUCAGUUUCUAGAGGGGGGGGGGACAGCGCUGAGGCUCUACCCCCCCCCUGGGGUGACCCCCUUGCUGCGCUGUAGCUGUAGAUUAGCAGUUAUGGGUGGCCACUCUUAUUUUUAAUGACUUAAUUAAGACCCCCGGCAGUGAUCCCUCCUUGGGUAAGGACUGGGGCUGGUCCUUGCCCCUUCCGGGGGGCCUGUGGGGUGUUCCCCCCAUCACGGGCUGUGCUGCGUUCGGCUUUGCCUCCAUCGCUGCCCAACCAUCCCGGGGGGGGGUUUCUGGGGGGCAGCCCCCAGCCCCCCCCUCACUGCUGCUACCUCGGACUCAAUAAUAAUAAUAAAGAUUUCCUUCGUACGCCA